AUGACUAAACUCAUAUACUGGGAACUCCAGGAUCCUGAUGAAUCUACCUGUGGAGUCCACUCAAUUAAUGCCAUUUUACAAGGUCCUAUUGUUGACUAUGAGGAGUUGUAUCGUGCCUCUCUUGAAAUUGAAGAGCUAGAGAGGCAAUUUUUAUUGGAAGCAGGAAUUAUCCCCGAUGAGUACUAUAAGACAGAAAAUGCACAUCACAGGAGAACAGCUUUCGAUUUUACAGCUCUAGAAAGAGUACUAGGGAACCAUAACUACAUAUGUGAACGUUGUAAGACGAAUUCCCUAUCGCACGAGCAAAUUGACUCAAGUAUCGCGUUCCUUUGUAAUGUUAGCGGUCAUUGGCUUAGUAUGAGGGAAGUGCACGAUGGAAGAUGGUUUGUGAUCGACAGUCUCAAGACUGGGCCAAUAGAAUUGGACAAGGCCAAUUUGUAUAACCAUAUUAACGAAAUAAUUCUGAGAAAUCAGUCUGUAUUCAUUGUCAAAAAUAAAGAUAACAAAGAAUUGCCGGUAUAUACUCAUCAGGAGGGGAAAUUGAGAAAGCAUCAGAGAUAUACAGAAAUCUGA